AUGGCGGGGCAAACCCACGACGGCCUAGAACGACGAUCCGUCGUCUCCUCCUUCAUCUUCCACUUCCCAACCUCGAUAUCCGACCAGCCCCUGGUCGCCCUAUUCCGACGGAGCGAUAAAGUGAGUACAUACAAAAACCACAUCGCCCCGAUCUCCGGCACAAUCUCCCGCUCCGACGCCGACCCCCUCACAGCCGCAUGGCGCGAGCUCUCGGAAGAAACAGGCAUCACUCCAUCCUCCGCGACAUUCUGGCGAGUCGGGAAGCCGUUCUCGUUCGUUGAUGAGUCCGUGAAGCGCGAGUGGACGAUCCACCCGUUUGCGUUCCAGCUUAAGGGGACGGCGGUGGGGUUGAGGCGGGACAGCGCGAUCGAGCUUGAUUGGGAGCAUGAGGGGUGGGAGUGGUAUGAUCCGGCGGAGGUGUUGGGUGGGAAGGGGCUGAAGGAGGGGGAUAGUGAGGUUCCUCAUCUCAGGGAGAGUUUGAGACGGGUAUGGCUGGAGGGCGAGCUGAAUGAGCAAGCGGGGAAGACUUUGCGGCGCGGGCUGGAGAAGCUGCAGAAGGACCAUGAGAGCGGGUCGCAUGAGCUGACUUCUAUUGCGUUGCGGGUAUUUCGGGAUGUCGUUGAGCAUAUGCGGGAUGGGAUGGGGGGUGCCAAGUGGUGGGAGGAUGUGCAAAUGGCUGCGUGGCAUGUUGUGAAGAAUGGGAGGGAGAGUAUGGGCACUGCGACGCUGAAUGCGCUCCUUGCGAUAUUGGAGGAGAUGGAGGAGGUUUGGAGAAUGGAUUCUGAGAGGAUCGACUCCGAUGCGGAGUGGAAGCUUGAGCGUAUGCUCACGAUUAUCGAUCACCAUUUGAAGGGCCGGACAAGUCGCGCUGGUCUAGUGAAGGACACCUUUGUGACCUAUGUGAAGGAGCAAUUCCUGUCCGUUUACCAGACAAGAGACAAGCUCACGAUCCUGCCGCUGUCCGCGAGCUCAACGAUCCGUGAUAGCAUCGUGGAAGCCUUCGCUUCACUGGAGAUCGGCACGCUCGAACUGCGCGUUCUCGAAUCUCGCCCUCUAUUCGAAGGCGUGAGCAUCUCAUCAUCCAUCCUCUCCAACUUCAAAGCCAGUUGCAAAGAUCCAAGUAAGCAUCUCCGCAUCCAGAUCUACACCGACGCCUCUGCGGCCGUUGCCGCAAAAGACGUGGACAUGGUUCUCCUCGGCGCAGACCGCAUCUCCAUCUCCAACGGCGUCAGCAACAAAACCGGUUCUCUCCCUGCCGUGCUGUCCGCCAAGCAUGUCUCCCCGAACGCGAAGAUCGUCGUACUAAGCGAAUUGGAGAAGGUUAAUGGGCAGAACGGUCUCAUAGACGACUCGAAGCAUGAGGAUAACGACCCAGCCGAGCUCAUGAGGUCGUGGCAGAACGAAGAGGUGAAGGGCGUUAAGGCUGUCGAUGAAGCUUUCUGCAGCGCUGUCAGGUCGGAGAAGUCGAAUUAUUGUGUUGAGGUGAAGAACGUCUAUUUUGAGUGGAUUCCGCUGGACUUCGUUGAUGACUUUGUUAGCGGCGAAGGCAUUCUCAGCCAUCGCAAGAUUGAUGAGAAGGCGAGACAGCAGGAUGAGUUGGCGAGGAGGUAUUUUGGGAGUAUCUCUGUUAGGUACUAG